AAACAACAUUUUUAUAGCCAUAUUCAGGAUGCUUCCUAUAAUGUUGAUGACCCUGGUCAGUGAUGGUCAGUUUGGGAUACAUAAAUCACUGUACAAUUAGGAAGCAUUUACAUAAUGUCUGGCUGUGAAUUCCAUAAAAGUGUUUAUAAAUGGUGUAUUCCAGUAUUGGAAAUUUUAUCUGUUCAAGGUCAUUUUUUAUGACGGUGAAUUUCUGGAAUAGUUUCAAGUCUCCAUGUUGAAUGGAAUCUGUAUUUUGAAGAGAGGUUUUUAUUUUCACAGUGAAAUUUUUCUGGAAAAUUCAGCAUCUUAUACCCUAGUGUAACAUAGUAACAAGUCAUUAAAGUGUCGGCUAGUUGUGUCGUGUGACAGGAGGAAACAGGGACUGGUUCUCCUAGAAGAUUGUAUAAUGAGAGAUGAAAGACAAAAGAUGAAAUCUUAGAGUAAUCUGAUUGGUUGGCAGUGAGGUCACCUGACAUAAUGUGAAAUUGUGAUUUGUUGAGAGGACCGUGACCUGCAAGAGUAACUAUGACAACAGAAGAUCUUUUGCAGGCCGGUCAGGUAGUCAAGGACAGAUGGAAAGUGGUGAGAAAGGUAGGGGGUGGAGGAUUUGGUGAGAUAUAUGAAGGACUUGAUACUGUUACCAAGGAACCUGUGGCACUAAAGCUGGAGUCAGCAAAGCAGCCAAAACAAGUUCUCAAAAUGGAGGUAGCUGUCCUUAAGAAACUUCAAGGUCGUGACCAUGUUUGCCGCUUUAUUGGAUGUGGGCGUAAUGAGUUUUAUAAUUAUGUAGUUAUGUCCCUACAAGGCAAGAACUUGGCAGAAUUGCGUCGCAGUCAGCCUAAAGGUUGUUUCACACUGAGCACGGCACUGCGGUUAGGUUCACAAAUAUUGAAGGGAAUUGAAGCUAUACAUGAUGUUGGCUUUUUACAUAGAGACAUUAAACCUUCUAAUUUUGCCAUGGGAAGAUUACAAAACCAGACCAAGAAAGUGUUUAUGUUAGAUUAUGGUCUAGCCCGCCAGUACACGACCCCGACCGGUGAAGUUCGUCCCCCUAGAGCUGCUGCAGGGUUUAGAGGAACAGUUAGAUAUGCUUCUGUAAAUGCACACAAGAAUAAGGAAAUGGGUCGACAUGAUGAUCUAUGGUCAUUGUUUUAUAUGUUGAUUGAGUUCCUUGCCGGUCAGCUACCUUGGAGGAAAAUCAAAGAUAAGGAGCAAGUCGGUAUUAUGAAAGAAAAAUAUGACCACGCCCUUUUACUUAAAAAUAUGCCAUCUGAGUUCCGAACUUUCCUCGAACAUCUUAAUUCCUUGGACUACUUUGAGAAGCCGGAUUACGCAUUACUACAGAAUCUAUUUGAACAGUGUAUGAGGCGUAAGAAUAUAAAAGACUGUGAUCCAUUUGAUUGGGAGAAGAUUUAUGCUGAUGGGUCAAUAACCACAACAACCACUACCUCUCCUCCCCUAGGUGUUAAACAAUCACCUGGCUUUGGCUUGAACCAGUAUCCUCCAGGCCAUGGUGCAACGGAAGUAAUUGAUGAGAACUUAAGUGAAAAUGAUGGUGAAGAAAACCUGAAAAAAAUGAAAGAAGCAGAUCAUAUCAAUGAUGACAAAUAUAAAAUAAUGGACAACAAACUUCGUGAAGAGAAAGAAGCUGAGAAGAUGCGAGAUGAUAAAGAUGGAGAAGAAAAGCAUUUAGCUGAACAAAAAGUAAAAGAAAAGAUUGAGGAUAAAGAAAAUGAAAACAAAGGUCUGGAGAAAGAUAAAGAUGAAAAGGCUGGUGAGGAUUUAGCCAAACUUGAUACACAAUUAAAGGGUAUUCUUAAAACAAGUGAUAGUAAACAGAAUUUAAAAGAACUAGAAACGGGAGUGUCUAUUAAAUUGUCAGAGAACGAAGUGAUAAAGCCUGAAGCUAAAAAUGUUCAACCUGAAAAGACAAGUGCUAGUAAGCAAGAUGGUGCUAUAUCAAAGCCAAGUCGAACUUUACCACAAAUCGAAAGAUUUGAAAGUGCUAUGAAUAAGAUUGGGGGUGGAAUGAAUAUAGGUCAGAAAUCAAGUGCUAAUGAUGAUGAACAAGUACCUGAAGCUGUACCUGCAACAGAUAUUAAUGAAACUGCUCAGCAUAAACCUCAUAGUGUGAAACAGUUAGUCAGAAACUUUGAGAAAGUGGGUAGGGAUAAAGAUGGGAUGGAAAUACCAAAAGCUUUUAGCGUGCCAGAAAAUAUGAGUGAAAAGGAUAGGGGUAUAGUUCCAAGACGCCAGUCAGAACCUUCGUGCAAUAUUGUGGAAAAUUCUUUUCCAGAGCAUUUAAUUAGCAGAGCUCAGUUAACAUUUGCAAUUAUGCAAACUGAUGAUAGAACUCACACUAUGGGUGAUGAUAAUGUAGAUGAAAAUGCAACUCGUGCAGCACCUUUCACGCAUGCUAGUCAAUGGCAAGGUGUGUCAGGGUUUGCAUCUAGUACUGAUAACAGUGAUAAUGAGGAGGAGGGAGGUGAAGAGGUCAUUGGAGCAGAUGGCAAAGUGCAUAAAUCUACUACAAAGUCUAGAAAUAAAAUGAAUCUUAUGAAUACUUUAGCAGAUGAAGAUGAUUUAAAGUUAGAUAGUAUAGCGAGGAAUUCCAUGUACUUUGACUCUGAUAAAGAUCAUGGAAAGUUAAUGCGGAAUUCAUUGAUAUUUAUAGAUGAUGAUAUAGAAGAUAGUCCGCAAGAACACAUGAAUAUUUUCAUUAAAGAAAAAAUGGAUGAAAAAAGUUUAAAUAUAGAUUCUAGAGAUUUUUCAUUUAGUGCUGUUGGUAGUGAAAGGUCGCGGGGUAGAAGUGAAAGAACAAGUAAGGACGGGAGUGCCAUAGGAACAAGUCAAGCUUCUAGUUAUUCUGCAAUACCUCAUGCAUUUACCAUACCCAGUCAACUUUCAGAAAAUGUUAGUGACAAAUUAACAAAAGACUUAGGAAAUCGAAUGAAUGCCCCUUCAAAAUAUCCUACUAGUCCUUCUAAAUCAUCUUUAAAAGACAAAGAAAGUUUGUCAGAUGUUAAAAAAUUAGCUGUUUUAAAUAACUUGAAAUUGUCAAAUUUUGGUAAGUUGUCUAGCUCUAAUCUAAGAAAAGAAAAAAGUUCAGAUAGCCUGGACAAAAUUGCAAAAGAUAAAAGGUCUGAUAGUAAUAUAAGUGGUUCUCCUGCUAAGUCUAGACAUUUGUUAAAGCCUAUUGACUUACUGUUAAAAGAGAAGACAAAAUCUGAUGGUGAUAUUGCUGGAUUAGAAAGGAGGUCGCGAAGUAGAAGUCGCGAAGGUAGAGAAAGAGGCCGAAGCAAUUCUAGGUCUGAAGAUAAGACUAAACGUAGACAGUCAUUAACGACUAUAGAGGAACAUAUACGGACAAGAGGUGCAACACCGGCUAUAUCACCAUUAGAAGAAAAAGUGCAAAAUCAUUUUAAUAUAGUGCCAAGUAGUAGUAGUGAUAGUAAACUGAACAAUGCAAUUGUUGUUGAUGAUAAUAAAGACAGUGAUACUAAAGAUAAUAAAUUAAAAGAGGAGAAGAAACGCUCUGAGAAUAAGGAAAGGAGAGAAAGACGAGCACUUAGACGUUCAAAUUCAGCGCCAAGAGUUGAUAAGAGUGAUAACAACAAAAAUUCUCAACCAGAUUAUCUUACACCGGUUCCACCACUUGAUUUAAACCAGAAAGUACCAAAACCACCAGAUCAAGGAUCAGCGCCAAAGAAGAACCUUGUUUACUCAGCUAGAUUGUGUCUGCCCCAGUUGAACGUUUUCUCCGGUGAAUUUCUGCGGAACGCCAAACUUGAAGUAGUUCAUUGUGAUGAUAUUGAUGAUAUAGACAGUCCAACAAAGAAACAAGAAGAUGAUUUCUCCGAGGAAGAUAAUUAAUGCUCACUGUUGAUACUAUAUACUCAUUAAUGACUGGUGUUUAUAUCUAUCUACAACAAUUUUAUAUAUGAGCCGUGUCAUGACAAAACCAACAUAGUGCGUUUGCGACCAGCAUGGAUCCAGAC